AUGGAAAACUGGAGUGCUCCAGGCCCAGAAGGUUUUCAGGAAGGAUUCUACAAGAGCCAGUGGAACAUUGUUGGAGUUGAUGUAGAUGAUUACAUGCCAAUUGGGAUUUGUAUUACUUCUUACAAGAUAAUAUCAAAGCUUAUUGUUCAAAGACUUAAGCCUUUAAUGGAGAAAAUUAUCUCUCCUUAUCAAGCAGCAUAUGUCUAUGGAAGGCUUAUAAGUGACAAUAAUGUCAUUGCUCAAGAGAUAAUACAUUGUAUGAAAAAGAAAAGAGGACAAAUAGGAUGGAUGGAUUUAAAGUUGGACAUGUCUAAAGCCUUUGAUAGACUUGGACAUCUCUCAAAUUCACAGCAGAAUAACUCCAUUAAAGGUAUUAAAGUGGCUGCUGGUUCUCCAGCCAUUAAUCAUUUGCUUUUUGCAGAUGACUGCUUGAUUUUCACUCAAGCAAAUAUCACUUCAGCUAACAAUCGUUUGGAUAUUCUUCACAACUUCAGCACCCAAUCAGGUCAAGUCAUAAAUUUUGAUAAGUCUUCCAUAUAUUUUAGCAAGAAAACUAAUCCUGAAAUGGUUGAUUCAAUCACACAUCUAAUGGGUGUCAAACCUAUGAGUUCUAAGGAAAGAUAUCUUGGUUCUCCAUUGCUUUUUGGUCAUUCAAAGCAAGAGGCCUUUAAGGCUAUUGAAGACAAUUUCUUGAGCAGAUACUCCACUUGGUCUUAUACAUCUCUUACUCAAGCUGGUAGGUCUACCAUGAUAAAACAUGUCCUCAACUCAGUACCAAUUUAUCAAAUGGGCACUUUCAAAUUGCCUGCACAGCUCAUCAACAAGUUAAUCACUAUUCAAAGAAGAUUCUUCUGGGGACAUAAUUCAAAAUGGGGAUCCAAUCCAAUAGCUUGA